AUGUCCAGCAUAAUUUCAAACCACGGGCAUAUACUCGAUCGGAAAUGCCACUGCGGGAGUAGAACCGGAAACGACCAGCAGCUGCUGAAUACGGAAAAUGUGACCAACUACGGAUUAAUGACGACGGGCAAGUGCAAGGGAGCAGCCAAUCCACAAACUCUAAAGCUGAAAACCUUUAUCAAUCACGGCACUUUGGUGCUCCACAAGUGCCGCUGCAACUCUCCACUCCUCGAAAUCAUCGAUCUAAUCAACUACGGCACCGUGAUUAACUGCUUGAGUACCUGUAAGCUGACCAAAAAGUAUGACCUCAAGGUCAUUGAAGUUCCGGAUAAUACGACACACAUGGAAUCCAAGGAAAUAAGUGUGCCUGCCGAGAAUUCUCUGGAAACACCAUUGGACCUGAGUGCUUCAAAUGACGUACUUUUAUCUCCAGAGGAUACUACGAAAGAUUUUAAAUCACCGCAUGUUUUGCUAAAUGUGCAAAAUUUAGAAGCCCCAAAGGAAUUUUCAGUUUCACCAAACAAAGCUCUAAAACGCCCUACGGAAUCCAUAGAACCCUCUGGAACUUCGCCAAAAAAGCUUCGUUUGAACACAGUAAACGAAUCGAUCGAGAAAUCUUCGCCACAGGAGAAGCGACCGUCCAAAGAAGAGGCCCUUCCUGUCCAGAAGCCAUAUGUACUAGAAAUGUGUCCCAGUUGCGUCAAAUCCUUUCAGGACUAUGUGAACGAUCCGAAAAACGCACCAAUGCUACCGAAAAAACCGAAAUUCAAGUGCCCUCACUGCCUAAACACCAAGGCCAACCGGAUGGAGUACGAGGCUCACACGGCCAUCUGUCAGCAGGAGGCGAAGCCCUACAAGUGCCAGGGAUGCCCCUACAAAUCCACCAAGUCCUCAAGUGUUACUGGACACUCUGCCACUUGUUUCUUCCUGCACACCGUCAAAUACUACCAAUCGCUUUGCGUUACAUCGAACCAUUGCAGCAACUGAGAAACUCCAGUUCUUCUUCAUUUAAAAAUUAUGAUUACUUAUUUUAAUACCAUUAGAAAUUUUAAAUUAGUUCGUAGUUAACUA